UUAAAAAGUGCUGUAUCCAAACAUGCAAACAGGUGUGUUCACUAUUGUUUUUUUGUUCAACUUACAGACUGAGGCACUGGACAAUGACAUCGGCUGUUCUUCGAAUCAUUUUGGGGGAGAGCAGCUGCCAGAGAGUGGUUUUUCCAUCUGGCUUGCCUGAGUCUGUGACUGAACUAGAAGAUGCUGUGAGGAGUCAAUGUAAGCUACAGGACCCCUUUCGUCUGCAGUUUAUGGACACUCUUUUUGAUAACCAGUUUAUGAAUUUGACUUCAAUGAAUGAAAUUAAGGACAAAGCCACAAUAAAAAUAAUAAACAUUACUGACUCCCUCUCACCACUGAAUGCUACUUCAGCUGGCACAAUGAACAGUUCAACCUUUGCCCCAGGACAUUCCGAAGUCUCUGCAUCCAUUUCUUCUUUCUCCUCUACCAGACGAUCUUCUUGGCCUGAAACAUUCUGCAUUCCACCAUUUUCAUAUGAUGCAGAAUUUAAGCUUGAACAGGCAAACAGUGUCUUCAGAGAAAAUGGAACACUGCUUAUUCCUGAUAUCAAGCUGAAGUCAGAUAUACUUGAGGGGUUGGUCCAAAAAAUUGUUCAAUACAAGGUCUAUGUCACGGACAGAGAGUUUGAACAAGUGGGAGAGGCACUCAUCAAGAAGCAUCCAUGUUUAACAGAAAGGGGCUCAGACACUGGGUAUGGGGGUUGGAAAGUGAGCCUCAAGUACAAAUUAUCUAACUAUCGCACACAUCUCCGAAAACUUGGAUGUCCUGAAGUUACUGUAAAUUCUUUAAAGCAUAAGCCAGAUGGGAAAAAAAGCCCUGCCUACAAUGUAAAGAAGCCCAAGAGAGGUGAAGUGCACUACUGCCCCUCCUAUUCCCCUGGAGAGAACGACCAUACUCUGGAGAUUGCAAGAGUUGAGCUUCUUUCAGAUGUGAAAAAAAACAACAACCGAGAGACUAUUAAAACUAAAAUGCAGAGAACAUUUGCACUCAGGAGACAAGAAGUGCUUCGUUGUGCCCCUAUGAUCGGGGACUUCAUGAUGAGAUGGCCAGCUCUCUUUGAUGUCACUGAGGUGAAUGCAGAGUUCAAGCGAAUCACAACAGUUCCUCUACAGUCAAAAUUUCUGUCACAGCUUGACCUUCACUAUGAAGGCUUUCUGAAGGUUUUUGAAAGGCGACCAGGGCAACAAGGCAGAAAGCUGAAAGAGAUGAUGUCAACUGUAGUUGAAGAUGACAUUGAUGCAGCUCGUGAACUUGCCAUCAGAGGACUGUGUAUUUAUCUUAAUGAGGACCCUAAAGAUCUCAUUCAGGAGUAUGUGGUGAGUAGUUAUAGCUUAACUGAUGGAAUCUGUACUAUGUUCAACAAGAAACACAUUACUACAUCUAAAAACCAUGGUUUCAUCAAAUAUGCACAUUGCAACAUAAAUUAAAAUUAAUUUCAUCCACUAGACACGUAGCUAUAAUUGUUUAA